AUCCACCACGAGGCCUCCAUUAUUUGACGGAACAAACUACACCUAUUGGAAGGAGCGGAUGAGGAUUUACAUCCAAUCCACCAACUUUCUCCUUUGGAGAAUUAUCAAAAAUGGUGAGAACGUGCCAAUGAAGAAGGUCGAGGAAACCAACGUCCCUAAGACCGAGGAUGAAUAUGAUGCGCAAGACAUCAAGAAGGUGGAAAACAAUGCCAAGGCCAUCAACAUCAUCUAUUGUGCCGUUAACCCGGAUGACUACCGGAAGAUUUCUUGUUGCACCACCGCAAAGGAAAUGUGGGACAAACUAGAAAUCACCUACGAAGGCGGUCAAAGAAAGCGUUCUCGCACCGGCAAGAACGUGGCUUCUUCCUCGGCUCCUCCUUCACCGGCGCACAAGUACCUCGACGGGUCGUUCCUUUGGUUCAACGACCACGCAGAGGCGACGCAGUUCUCGGAGAAAUUUGAGCACCGAGAGAUUCUCCCUCCCCGAUUCUCCACAGCCCGCUUCAUUCAUGACUCCACUCCACGUGAGGCACGAGUUAUCCUCGAACGUGGAAACUUCCUCGACCUCCUCUACAUCAAGAAGGUCAAUUAUCACCCCUUUCUUGUUCGAGCUUUCUACUCGAACUUGAAAAAGGAUGAGGACGGAGCGUUGAUCUCUAACGUCAACGGGGUGGACAUCUAUUUGAAUGAGGAGAACAUUCAAAUCCUCACCGGGCUUCGUCGGGAUGGACAGGAUCUCGGGCUCUACGUUGGAGAAGAAGGAGCACGGUUCAACGAGACCGCUCUCUUGGAGGAAGAGGACACGAAGACAAUUCAUGCGAUGAUUCACAACGCCAAUCUCAAUUGGUGUAAAUUUGUGAUGACUCACAUGUUCACGGCCACCUCCGACAAUCGGCCGCUCCCCUACGCCCUCCUUGUCAUGGCGAUUCUUGAAGAAUAUAACAUCAAAACCGAUGUUGGGCCAAAGAUAAAGGGGACAAAGCAUUGGGAGAUUGAUGAAUCCUCUUUCCACUCGGGCACCGACGAGACUCCGUUUCGACAGCCUCGUCCACGCCGCCAACCGAGAGCCAUUGCCUCAGCCGCCGCCACUUCGACCAAUCCUUCUCUCGCCGAGCAAAUGGCAGCCUUGACCGCCACUCUCUCUCGGAUUGACACGAACGUCUCUAAAACGGCACACAACGUCAAUACCUUGAGUCGUGAACUUCACGGGUAUUUUGACUUUGUCAAUUACCCGUACGCUCAAAUGGUCCCUUACGUUCCUCCACCGAAUUUUGGAGGUGAACAAAGUGGGACUCAAAACGUUGGUAGAGAUGACGAGGUGGAUGAUGAGGAAGAGGAAGAAGAAGAAGAAGAUGAUGAUGAUGAUGAUAAUGAUGAUGGCGAUGGUGAUGAAGAUGAAGAAGAAGAAGAAGACAUUGACGAAGAACAACUUCUCAAUGAUCUUUCCCCGGAUUUCUAGAGCUCUAACUCUACUUUCUUCUCUUCCUUAUUUUAUCAUCUUUUAAUACGCUUUCGUUAUGUGCUCCGUUAUUUCCCUUAAUUAAUUAAUAAAAAUCUUUAUGAUUU